AUGCUUAUAUCCAGAAACGCGGUCGGAUUUUACCGAUACUUCUCUGUGACGACGCUCAAAGCCGCGAUUGAAAUCCCCCAGAACUCGCCAUCUGCCAUCCAAAAUCAGAACUGGCUUGACAGUCUCGGCGGCGAUUCCAAACAGGACCCGCUUCUCGCGUCCAAAGCGAGUAAGCCAGCACUGACAUACGUUGUGAAGCAGGGUAACGAUCUUGCUACCACCGCGUACGCAGCUAGCGUGUACGGUAUGGAAGAUUUUCUGUUUAAAGUGUUGUCGCAUGACAAGGAAGGAUUCAACGAUAUUGCAAUUCCUGUGUCUAACUACUUCGUGAGAUCUUCGCCCUUCUCCCACUUGAAUAAUAGCAGUAAGCCGAAGGCUGACAAUGCGCAGCCGUUUGCAGACUUGCGCCUCGUGACGUUAAUGACGGGGCGUGGGGGGAACGGUGCUACGUCGUUUCUUCGGUCUUUUGGUAAGGCCAAGGGUCCCCCGGACGGCGGGGACGGUGGGGACGGUGGAGAUGUAUAUGUACAAGCGGUAGAUGGGUUACAUUCCCUACACAAGUUGAGAAAGGCAUACGGUGCAGAAGACGGGAGGCAGGGGCAGAAGGACCAGUUGGACGGGAAAAGAGGCGACGAUGUGAUUUUAACCGUUCCAGUAGGGACAAUCAUCAAGUGGAUUCCGGACCCCAAGAUUUUGAGACAAUUGCAGCGGUCCCAAGCACAAGACCGAGAACAUGGCGGCUCCUUCAUCAAUCUCAAGACUAUCGGGGCGUACCCGCGUGACAAAACCUCCAAGUUCAUCCAAUUCUGGCGGCAGAGUUACCUUGACGGUGAGGGAUGGUUAUUCAAGGAUCGAGAUGCGGAGUAUCACGAAAAUAGGGAAUACUUUAACGAUCUCAGACGGAAGGUCUUUGAGUACGAUCGAACUACCACCAAGGAGGAAAUUGAUGAAGAUGUAUUUCCGAUGUUUGGCCUUGAUUUGAACCAGCCGACUGAGAAGCCAAUUCUCUUAAUGAAGGGUGGCCGAGGCGGCAUGGGUAACAUGCACUUCUUGACCCGUGACAUCAGAAACCCGCGCUUUUGUAAGCUGGGAAGAGCGUCCUUAAAGGAAAACUUUUUGUUUGAGUUGAAAUUGUUGGCAGACAUUGGGUUGGUGGGCUUACCAAACGCCGGAAAGUCCACAUUGUUGGGCGCCAUUUCCAGAGCCAGCCCAAGGGUCGGCCACUGGGAAUUUACCACUUUGCAGCCGACCAUUGGGACCAUCAACUUGGGUAUCGAUAAGGACUCUUUCACUGUUGCUGAUAUCCCUGGUAUCAUCAGAGGUGCCAACCAGGGUAAGGGCAUGGGUACCGACUUUUUGAGACACGUCGAGAGAUCCGGAGGGUUGUGUUUUGUCAUUUCCUUAGGGAAUGACGAUCCGAUUGCAGAUCUUGAAACCUUGGUCGAGGAAAUGGGUGAGAAGCGAAUGGAAGGCAAGCGUGUAUUGGUAGUUGCAACCAAGGCUGAUAUCACUAAGACCAGAAAGAAAUACGCGGUUUUGCAGCAAUACGUAGAGGAAAAAGAAUGGCGAUGUGUGCCCACGUGUGCCAUGAAGGGUGAAAAUAUCGAAACGGUGAUAACCAUGAUGGCCCAGCUUGCAGGAAAGCUCAAUGUGUAA